AUGAGCUAUGUGAGGGUACUGGCCCACUACCCUUAUGUGGUACUAGUGGUGGUGUUUGUUGUGGUAGCCACCUGUCUCAUACUCUCCACUACAGUUAUACAACUUCCAGACUUUGGAGACCCUAUGGCAGGGUUUGAGCCGCGUGGUACAGAUCUAGGAGAGCGACUUACUACAUAUCACAAUGUCAUGUUCAACCCAGACAACAAACUUACCCUGCUACCCUAUGGAGGUAUAUUUGAGGACCAGAUUGAAGACCAACUCAGGGAUCAAAGCGGCAAUGACACAGACUUCUGGGACGAGCAGGGAUAUGUCAAACGAAGCACAAGAAGAUCCUCUCUUUGUAACCUCCAAGAUAAAGACUAUCGAGGUUUGGCAAGAAUUGUAUUUGAAAGUAAGGAUGGCAGUAACCUGUUCUCUGCAGAUAAGAUCCGGCAUAUGUGUCGUGUUGAGGAGGAGCACAUUCACACACACCCCACAUACCCAGGUAUGUGUUUGAGAGCCAAUGAUGACAGCUGUUGUCGGAGCUGGUCCUUAGGUAACUACGUUGCAUUCCUGACAGGUCAUAAGAAUUGCUCAGAGAUAAGCGAUGAAGAUGUGAACAAGGUGGGACGCUUGUUACAGAGUUGUGCAGCCUUCUAUCACAAUUAUACCCUUAAACACAAUUGUGACACACUUACCCGUGGAGCUAAACGUUAUAUCUGCAACAACAUGCCUAAGAAGUGUAUGAGGAUGAACACUGUCUAUGAUAUCUUCCAUUACAUAACAGACGUUGAGUUCCUGCAGGCUAACAACAAGGUGACAAGACCAGUGUUAAAGUGGGCGGUAACUUUCCUACCUGUGUAUGCCAAGGAGAACACUGUUGAACUUUAUAAACACAUGGAGGGUUGGACAGAGUCUUUGGAGGAAGUUCAGAUCGUUGGGGUUAAUUUUGGUAUCAAGUAUAUACUGUUUAGUGAGUACCUGUUAUCAGAUACAGUAUGGCUGGUGUCAGCUGCCUGUGUUAUCUUUGUCAUCAUCUGGCUGUACUGCGCCUCACUGUUCAUCACCAUGAUGACAUUCCUAAUGAUGUUCUGGUCUCUAGAGCUGGCCUACUUCCUUUACAUGCUUGUGUUGGAGAUUAAGUUCUUUCCAUACAUGAACCUGGUCACAGUGAUAAUUGUGAUUGCGAUCGGUGCUGAUGAUGUUUUUAUAUAUAGUAAAGUUUGGCACCUAGCAAAGUCGGAGCCCAACAAUGGGACAUUGGAGAAAAUUGUGUCAAAUACACUCAAACAUGCCACUUUGUCAAUGUUUGUGACAAGCUUUACAACUGCCGCAGCCUUGUUUACGACCACAAUCAGCUCCAUCACUGCUAUCAAGUGUUUCAGUAUCUACGCAGGGCUCACGGUUGUCUGCAACUUUGUGUUGGUGGUGACAUGGCUGCCAGCUUCCAUCAUCAUACAUGACAAGUGGUGUAACUGUGAAGCUUGGUAUAACCCAGAGUUCCUCACCAGCAAAGGAAUCUGUUACUACCUGUGUAUAGUUCCAUACAAAGUACACGAUCAGUUCUCUGAUUGGUCAAGGGUGCUUUUUGAAAAGGUGAUACCGUUCAUUAUGAUAAAAUUACGAAUGCUUUGGAUAGUGCUUUUGGGAGGCAUAGGAAUUGGUGGUAUCAUUGUGAUAUUUUUCUACCCAAAAUUAAAACUACCAUCUUCUGAAAAAUUCCAAGUAUUUUCUUCAGAUCAUCUGUUUGAACAUUAUGAUUUUGUGCUGAACAGUAAAUUUUGGUUUGAAAGAGAACACACAGAGCACAGAUCAUUGUUGCCUCUGACAAUAGUGUGGGGUGUCCAUCCUACAGACAAUGGCAACAGGCUGGAUCCUUUCAACAGAGGGGAGCUAAAGUUUGAUUACAGUUUCAAUCCUUUAACUAUUCCUGCACAAAAAUGGUUUUUGAAUUUUUGUAAGAAGAUACGUCAGACAGAUUUUUAUUUUGAAUUACCUGGCUUCCAAUUUACAAACUGUAUGUUUGAGGACUUUCAGAGCUUGAUGAAAAGGCCCUGUAUAGAUUACAUGCAGGGUGUAGAUCACACUCCUUGUUGUAAUGCAACAGAAAACCAACCCUUGUCUUCCACAGCCAUGGUCCAGUGUCUGACAGAGUACAUUCCAGUCCUGAGGACAACUCCUGGUGUCCGCUACAACUUCUUCACCCCAGGCCUCAGAUUUUACAACGGUAGAAUAUGUGCCUUCAUUAUACAAUUCUUGAGUAAUGAAACUUUUUCCUUUGCUUAUGACAAAAUUAAUAUUUUUUAUAAAAAAGUGAACAGCUGGGUCACGCAGGAGCUUUCAACAGCCCCACCUGAAAUAAGGAAUGGUUGGUUCAUCAGUGACUUUGCAUUUUAUGAUCUUCAAAAUAGUCUGCUGGAGGAGACCCCACUAGCCUUUGGUGUGUCACUGGCUGUUGUGUCAGUUGUAGCAUUCCUGACAACAUUAAACUUGUUGAUAAGUUUCCUGGCUAUAUUGAGCAUUGCAUUUGUGAUGUUUACUACUGUGGCUGCUCUGGUGCUGCUUGGAUGGGAUCUUAACAUUCUGGAGUCUGUGGUGGUCACAGUGGCCAUCGGCAUGUCAAUAGACUACACACUCCAUUAUGGUGUGUCUUACCAGCUGUGCCCUGAUUUUGACCGUAAGACACGAGUUUCCACUUCAGUAGCCAGACUUGGGAAUGUUAUCUCCAUGGCGGCUUUGACAACAUUCCUAGCUGGUGCCAUGAUGAUGCCAUCAACAGUUCUUGUGUACCAGAAGUUUGGUAUUUUUCUCAUGUUAAUUAUAUCCAUUAGUUGGACCUACUCCACAUUUUUUUUCCAAGGCCUGCUGUGUGUAUGUGGGCCAACAAAGGGUUUCACUCAGUUACAUUGGCCAUCCAGUGAAUGUUGCUCAAAUUCUGUCCCUGACCGUCGAGACAAGACACGAUAUUCCACCUCUGAGUCUACCAUGUCUACUUCGAGCAGCUAUCACCAUACAACGAGCAGUGAGAGUCAUGAGAUGGAGCCAUUGGCUGAUGAGUACAGACAUCGUUAUCCCAGUCGUUCGCGCCCUAGCUACAGCCGCACAUUAAUGCCGACAGAUUAUAGCCCAGAACCUCCAAGACGUGGCAGUCAUGUACGUUUCUCCAUUGAUAGUGUUGACAAAUCAGUGUCUGUAUUUGAUCCUGAAGAUGAGUUGCCUCAUGCACAACGUUGUCGGUCCAGGGCCGAAUCUGAGGUUUUUUUUGAAGAUGAAGAAAUAGAGGUUCCAACAAAUGGCAUAAAUGAUGAUGACUCAGGGUCUUGA